AUGGCCACCGAAGACGAGCGUUAUCGGCAGUCGAGCCAAUUCCGCCUCUGGUCCUUCUCCCAGAGCGGCCUCGACCAGCUUCGCCAAAAGACCAAUGCCCUCGCCAAGCAGCAGAUCGCGGCGCGAUUGCACGCCGACCCGCCCCCCGACUUUCUCACCCCCGACGAGGAGGUGCGCCUCGUCAAGUUCUUCACCAUUGAGCUCAUCCGCGCCGCCCAAUUCUGCGAGCUCCCGACCGAGAUCCGGUCCACGGCCGCCAUCUUUCUGCGCCGCUUCUACGUGACCAACUCAGUCAUGACGUACCCGCCCACGGAGCUGCUCAAGACGUCGCUCUUUUUCGGAUGCAAGGCCGAGGGCUUCUACAUCCGCCUCGCCCGCCUGGCCGACAAGUUUCCCAACACGACGAGCGAGCAGAUACUGGCCGGCGAGUUUUUGCUCUGCCAGGGCAUCCGCUUUGCCUUUGACGUCAGACACCCCCUGCGAGCCCUCGAGGGCGCCAUUCUCGAACUGCGCCGGAAGCGCCCGACGGAGCAGAACAGGAUCAACACGGCGCAUAUGCGGGCGCGCGAGAUUCUCAAGUUUAGCGCCCUCGUCACCGAUGUCUACUUUCACUACGCGCCUAGCCAAAUUAUGAUGGCCGCGCUCUUAAUGACCGACGCCGAGCUUGUUGACACGCUGGUCCCUUUGCCCGAACCCUCCGACGAGAAUCCUGCAGUACAAACAGCGCUGCGGAAUAGGAUAUUCACAGCGUUGGAGGCGUGCCGGAAAAUGCUCGAACAAGAGCCUCCUGAACGCAUGACAGACUAUUGGGGAACGCCUGAAACUGUUAAAAUCAUGAAGCCGUUGCGAAAAAAGCUGCAAAAAUGCCGAGACCCCGAUCGAGCGAAUCUUGUGGCGCUUCAGCAGGCGCGCCGCGAACAGGCCUCUACUAAAGCGAAGAAGCCCAGCGCGCCCGUUGAUGGCGUCCUCGCAACAGAUGCCCAAUCUCGUGAUGCGAAGCGUCGAAAGCUCGAGGCUGGCGACGACGCAUGCGGCACCGUGCAUCGAGCGUCAGAUAGAACUGGCAAUGAACACACUGUACUUACUGCGUCUCAGGGAAUGGCUCUUGGAGAAUAG